AAAAGCGACCCACGUAAUCUUUAACCUUAGUCGGAAUCGAGUCAUUUCUGUUUCAAGGCACAAAUUUUACAAAUUCUUAAACCUUACUUCGCAUAAAAAAUGCAAUUCUCCACUAUUCUUGCCGCGAUUUUGUCCUGCAUUUGCCUCGCUGCUGCCGGCGUUGUGAACGUUACACGGUGCGAAGGUUUUGGAACACCUAUCCAGACGCGAAUCAGUGACUGUGAAGGGUACUGUCGAUUUCAGCCGGGCCAAGUGUACAAUGCGGAACAAGAUUUUAUGCCAAGCGGUGCUACACCCUCGUUGACUUUGAUGGUGGAAAUUUGCCUGCAGAGUGGGGGUGGCGUUUGUAUGCAAAUUAUUGAUGCACCCCUCCCCAACUCGUCCGUCCAGCCGGGCUUCCUUUACACCGCCAAGUACUCCGUCGUCCCGAAUGAUGUCCUGUCCAAUAGAACGGUGGAGAUGAGGGCGUACAUUUCCCAUACGGGAACUACCCGGGUAGAUGUGUGCGUUUAUUGUGAUGUGGAUGUUUUGUAAAAAAAACAAUAUUUUAUGUCGCUGCACCGAGAAUAAAUAAUAUUGUAUUGAGAAGAAAAAAAUGUAUAAAAUUCUGAACCAUUUCAUCUUGUUCCUACCAUCAAUCCGGGAAAUACCUGGGUGUUUAUUGUGAUGUGGACGUCUUGUGAAAAAAUGACAAAAAAUAUUUUAUGUUGUUACUUGUACCCGAAAUAAAUAUGUAAUAUUGAAA